GAACGCUGGGAGGGCAGUGCCUGUCUUCUGCUAGCUGCGUCUGGCGGUGACUUACAAAAAAUCGAUGUCAGAAGUUAUGAAUUAUGACAUAACAGCCUUAACAUAAAGCAUUGAAAUCUGAAAGAGUCCCUGGUGCUCCUGUCCUUAAAGUGAGUUCUGAUCAUGAGCAAAACUUUUUCAUUGUGGCUAUUGGCUUGGGAUAAAAGAUUGUUUUUGCCCUUUGGUGAAGCUCUGUGCAUAUCUGUGCCAACAUAGACCCUUUGAAGAACACAAGACUUUAGAAUGGAUACCCAAAUUGAGCACAUGUACGACGGAUUUAUGUCUUGUCAUUCAAUUACAAAGACCGACCCAGAUGUAGAUUUGGAACAUCAAAUGUUAUACAUAGAUGAGAAUUACAGCUCAUGUGAUGAUCACUGCGCACACGGAAUGUAUGCAAAGGAUAGUAAUGUGCACAAGCAGUUCUCACCCUGGAUUUUGAGCCGUGAACUGAAGGAUUGGCAUCAAAGUGAUUUAGAAGCACCAGUAAAUGUUCCCGUAACUGCUGUAUAUGGAGGUCUGUGUACCCCCAAGUCCUCUGUUUGUGAAACUGAGAACGUGACGAAACUAAUCCAAGAUGCGGUGUGGUACAGUCCAGAAGAUGGUGAGGGAUCAGAAAACAAAGCUUAUGCUUGUGACUGCUUUGACUUGAGUUCACAGUAUGAAGCAGAAGGUUUCAUUGACGAGGAGAACUUGCUGCUGGGUAUUCCAACAAAGCAUGUUCCAAGACCGUCACAGUUCAUUACUGUGGAAACAGAAAGCUGGGAUCAAGUAGUGCCAUACAUCUCUACCUGCCCAUUAUCUGAUGAUGAUUUGCUGCAGGUAGUACCAUUAUGUGAUGGUUACAGUGACAGCGAUGGGGAUCACCCAAAUACUGUCAUGAACUCAGCAGAUAACUACCAGUUCAUUACUGAAGACGCAAGCUUUUGUUGUCCACAUUCCUACCUCAUCUCAUCAGAUGAGGAGGAGUUUGGCCUUGUUUCUCAGUCAGACAUACCAGUUUAUAGUCACCGAAUACCUAAUUCUCCCCACUCAACAUUAACAGAGGGGUCAGAGAGCAUAAGUUCUCUCCCCUCCUGCCUCUUUGAUUUAGACUCUGACAUUCUAUCAGAUGGUUAUGAUGAAGUCGACAGACCAAUUGACUCAUGUUCAGCACAGGACUUUUCAGUCCCAUUGUGGGCAGUGGAAGAAUAACUUUAGAUGCCUUUGCAUAAGAAAUAUUAUCAUAGUAAAGCAAAUUAUUAAAUAUAUGAUAAUGUCUACCUGAUGUUGUAUUAUUACAUAUGAUUAUGGAUGACAGAUAAUGGUAAUGCAGCCAGUACAGAAGAAUUGCAGAAGUCAACAGUCAUAAUGAGGCCUUUGAUCAUAUUGUCAAAACUAAUUUUCUGAUUUGAUAUUGCUGUGAAUUGUACCAAAAAUGACAUAAAAAUAGAAGACCUUAAAAUACAGCUCUGGGGUAGCCUGUAUUUAAUAGCAUUCUAUUAUGUCCAUAUUGUUGUGACUGGCCAGCUUGAGCAAGUUUAAGUGAAAGAUUUAAUAUAUGUAGUUUAUCAUAUGUGUUAAAGCUGUGUUUCAUGGGUUAGUCAUGUUUGUGAACAUAUAUGUGUUAGGCUCCUUUUAAUUUUUUUUGGGAGACUGUUAAUAAUGUUAUUUGUAUCAGUAUGGAAAUGUUUGUUGUUUAUUUUGUACUGUAGAAUGAUGAUGCCUUUCAGAAUAACAUUAUUCUUUAGAAUAAAGUUAAUUAGUAAUUUUUCACCUUUCAGGUAUUUCCUCAAAUUUACCACAUGAUGCAUUAAACUAUAUGCUAGUGUGGUAUAAGCCUACAAGUUUCUGCUGUGUGAUUUUCAUUGCUAAACAAAUACACAUAUAUUUUGACACUUUGUUAAUCUGUUGAUGGGGUUAUUGCAAUUUGACCUUUUUGUUUGUUUGUUUGUGUACAGUCCUUGAAAUGAUUCUGUCAGUAUUGGAUGACUAUGUAUCAUAUCAUGGAUAUACCACAUUCCUUACAUGCAUAUUUUGUACAGUUGUCUAACUUUAACGUUCAACAAUCUUACCUUUGAAUGGUUAAUCAUAAAAUAUGUUAUGCAAGGAUGUACAUGUAGUUUGUGCUUUGUUUCGUUUCUUUUUAUUUAUUUAUUUCCUUAUGAAACAGGGAACAGCCCAAAGAAACUAAACUACCAUCAGCACAUUGGAUAUGAUAUUCAUUUGAAAUCGUUUAAACCGAUGACUGAAAUCCACGAAUAGAGGUACAUUUAUACUUUGUAUUGAAUAGGGGACAUAACUUUUUCUCGAUCUUUACACGUUUCAUUUAUCGAGUUAUCUCCCCUUGGUCUUACAUUUCUCCGCUCUGUUCUGGUAAAAACUCAGUUAUUAUAUAUGGUU